AUGUCCGUCACCCCUCUGAGCGCCUUGCGAGUAUCUAAACAUCAAAUCCCCGCCUUCAAGGGCUUUCCCAACACUUCCAUCCAAGGUAGACCCUUGCUCAUAUACCAUGGGGUGUUCCCCAAGUCCUCGACCUCGAUAAUCGAGUCACACUUAAAAUCGGUUGGCGAAGUGUCUCCUCAAUGGAGAUACACCAUGUAUUCUGAUUCCCAUUUCCACUCCAAUACUCAUGAAGUCCUAGCCAUCGCAUCGGGCUCAGCGAAAUGUUGCUUUGGUCAUGAAGACAACGAUGGGCGUGUCGAACCGAUCUUGGAGAAAGGCGAUGUUGUCAUCAUACCCGCAGGCGUUAGCCAUCGUCUGAUCCAGGACUAUGGCGGGUUCCAGAUGGUUGGGAGUUAUCCCGUGGGUAAUUCGUGGGACAUGUGUUAUGGACGAUCCGACGAGAAAGAGCAAGUCAAGCAAAUCGCCACUCUGAAUUGGUUCACAAAAGACCCAAUUUAUGGCGACAAUGGUCCAUGCUUGCAAGUGUAA